AUGAUUCCCAGCAGAGGAAUUGCCCGGUCUCUUCCCUCGGGAAUCACAAGCGGCCCAUCCAUCAGCCGACUAUCCGGCCGCACGUUUGCGACACGAUCGAUCCCGAGCCGCCGAAAUGCCGCCAUCUUCUCCGGCCACGGCACGCGCGCCCGGCUCUCUCCCGUCGGCACCGGCGCUGCCGCCCCAAUUGCCCUCGGCAGCGUCGCCGCCAGCCGGAACCUCUCCCUCUGGGGCUGGGGCGGCGGCAGCAGCAGCAAGACGAGCGAGCAGGCUGCCGAGGAAGCGAACCGAGCCGCGACCGCGGCGGCCGCAGAGCAACAACACGCAGCCUCGAGCGCCACCGAUGCCGCCACCGACAACAUUUCCGCCGCGCCGUCCCUGACGGAGCCGACAACCGCCGCCGCACAACCGCCGCCGCUCGCUGGCAGCGACCUGAGCGACUUUGGCGGCACCAGCGGCCUGAGCGCGGCCGACCUCCUCGACCUGUCGCCCAACGAGCCGGGCUACCUGCAGGCGCUCGGGCUUGACAACGGCUGGGGCCCGACGACGGUGAUGCAGUGGGUGCUCGAGCACGUGCACCUGUCGAUGGGCCUUGGCUGGGGCGCGAGCAUCGUCGCGUCGGCGUUUGCGCUGCGCGCCGCCAUGCUCGUGCCGCACAUCCUGCAGAUGCGCAACGGCGGCCGCGUCGCGCACAUGCAGGCCGACCCACGCGCCGUCGAGAUGAACCGUCUCACAAAGGAGUCGCUCGCCGACGGCGUCAACGGCAUGGAGAAGCGCCAGCAGGCCAAGGUGCUCGCGGACCUGCUCAAGAAGGAGUACGGCGUGAACAACUGGAAUCUGCUCUGGCUCGUGGUGCAGUUCCCGUUUACCAUUGGCCUCUUCAAGCUGGUCCGCCAGAUGGGCAACCUGCCCGUGCCGGGCAUGGAGGAGGCUGGCUUCAUGUGGUUUACCGACUUGACGGUCCGCGACCCUCUGUUUAUCCUGCCUGCGCUGGCGACGGGUGUCAUGAUUAUGUCACUACAGAUUGGCCAAAAAUACAUGGCUGAGGCGCAGAAAAAGAUGAUGAAGCCCAUGGCCUGGGCCCUAGGAGGUAUCGGCUUCGUCUUUACCAGCUUCCUCACCGCCGGCGUCAACGUCAUGGGUCUCGCCUUUGCCAGCGCCACCCUCCUCACCUCGCUCAUUCUCGAGACCCCCGUCCUCCGCCGCAAAUUCGGGCUCCUCAUGGGCCCUCCCCCCAGCGCCGCCUCGGCCGCCAAGGCGGCCGCACCUCCCUCCGCCACCGCCGCCGCCGCCGCCUCCUCCAUCCCCGCGCACAUUCCCAAGGGCAUCCGCUACGAAGCACCGCGCCGCGCCGGCGGCGCCGCCCCAGCCGCUGCACGCACGACGACCGCCGAAGAGGUCGUCAAGCCCCUGACGCUUGCCGAGCGCCUCAACAACAGCCUCAGCGACGCCAAGCAGGGCAUGUCGCAGCAGCUCGGCAGCUUUGGCGGCCGCAUGGCCGCGACGGACGCGGAAAAGGCCGAGCGCAACCGCAAGGAGCUCAUGAAGAAGCUCGAGGAUAAGCGCCAGCAGCAGGAGCGCGACGAGUUCAGCAGAAAGUACAAGGGCAAGAAAUAG